UAUUAAAAAAUAAUUAUUAAUGUUUGUUUGAACCAGCGUAAAAAUGGGCGUCCUCGUCAUCCGUCUACUAGAUUGCCGCCAUCUGCACAAACUGCGACCUUCAUUUUCAUUUCUCAACGCGCAUAAAUCUCUUCUAAUUUCGCAUGCAACCAGUUCUUAGGGCAAUAUUCAUUUUCCUUUCGCACAGGCCACCGAUCAACUUCUGGAGAGCAUGGAGCAGCAACACAGCAUGUAUAAUCUGCCCGUCUUAUGGAGAGGAACGAAGUAUGUGGUGGAAAUUAGUUCAGAUUCUACUCUUCGGGACCUCGGUGAAAAGCUGCUAAAAUUAACAGAAGUUCAAGCAGAUACUAUGCGGCUCAUAGUCCCACAAUUUUCCAGCAAAAGCUCUAAAAUGUUAUAUCCUUUUUCUGAUGAAGAUGGAUUCUUGGCUUUGCAUAAGAUUUCCAUUUUUAAGGACAACAAGCCUAUCAGAAUGAUGGGAGUAUCUAAGAAUGAGGUAGAUGAAGUUUUGAAGAACGAAAAGAAAAAUGAACGAAUUGCUGGGUUCGACAAAGAAGAACAGAGACUGAAACAACGAAUGUCAAGUAAGCGACAGGGCUUACUGAAACUACCAGAAGGACCCUAUGUAUUUUGUGAAUUUCGGACGCUUCAAAUUCCAGGAAUUGAGUUGAACCCUCCAGCUUCAGAAGCUUUGAAAAGAAUGCAUAUGCUUGCAGCUGAUCCUGGCAUUGUUGCAAUCAUGAACAAGCAUCGUUGGCGUGUGGGAAUUAUGACUGAGAUGGCCCCUGUUGGCUAUGUUGGUGUGAGCCCGAAAUGUAUUCUUGGCUUUAAUAAGAACCAUGGAGAGGAGAUAUCGCUGCGACUUCGGACAGACGACCUGAAGGGCUUCAGAAAAUAUGAAAGCAUUAAGAAAACAUUACUCCAUGAACUUGCACACAUGAUUUAUUCCGAGCACGAUGCCAACUUCUAUGCUUUGGAUAAGCAGCUUAAUGAGGAGGCUGCCACUUUAGAUUGGACAAGAUCAAAAGGCCACACGUUGAGCGGAGUUAGUUAUUCCCAAUAUCACGAUGAAAGCGAUGAUGUCCAAGACGGCUUUGGUGUCUCACAGAAGCUUGGUGGUAGCAUGUCGUAUCGGCUGGUUAAUCCCCGUGCUUCUUCAGUUUCCGCUGCUUAUCACCGUUUGUCACACUCUUCAGAUUUCAGUUCAAGAGUGUCUCCAGUAAAUGGAGAGUCCAAUCCGGAUGAAAAUUCUAAUUGCCAAAACAAACUGGAGCCUGAUCCUGAUGUUGAUGCUUAUCAAAAGAAGAUCGAGCCUGACCCAGAUGACAGUUCCAAUUAUCAAAAGAAGCUCAAGCCUGACCCAGAUGACAAUUCCAAUUAUCAAAAGAAGUUCGAGCCUGACCCGUAUGACAGUUCCAAUUAUCAAAAGAAGUUCGAGCCUGACCCAAAUGACAGUUCCAAUUAUCAAAAGAAGUUCGAGCCUGACCCGGAUGACAGUUCCAAUUAUCAAAAGAAGUUCGAGCCUGACCCGGAUGACAGUUCCAAUUAUCAAAAGAAGUCCGAGCCUGACCCGGAUGACAGUUCCAAUUAUAAAAAGAAGCUCGAGCGUGACCCAGAUGACAGUUCCAAUUAUAAAAAGAAGCUCGAGCGUGACCCAGAUGACAGUUGCAAUUAUAAAAAGAAGUUCGAGCCUGACCCAGAUGACAUUUCUGAUUAUCAAAAGAAGUUCGAGCCUGACCCAGAUGACAUUUCUGAUUAUCAAAAGAAGUUCGAGCCUGACCCAGAUGACAUUUCUGAUUAUCAAAAGAAGUUCGAGCCUGACCCAGACGACAUUUCCGAUUAUCAAAAGAAGUUGGAGUCUGACCCAGACGACAGUUCCGAUUAUCAAAAGAAGUUCGAGCCUGACCCAGACGACAGUUCCGAUUAUCAAAAGAAGUUCGAGCCUGAUCCAGACGACAGUUCCGAUUAUCAAAAGAAGUACGAGCCUGACCCAGAUGACAGUUCUAAUUAUGAGGCGAAUUGUCUAGAAGCUGGCUUAGUCACAGAACCUAUGCAGACAGAGCCUGACCCUGAUGAAAGUUCGGUACAUCAGGCGGAUUUAUCUAAAAUGGUUGUUGACGAACCCAAUCCUGAUGAUCAAGAAAUUCAAAGAAUUCAAGACUCUGUUUCUGUUGUUUGCAUUCGAUUGCGUGAGGCUAUCGCAAGGCUGCUGGCUGAAGUUCGACCUUCUGAAUCGGCUGCAGUUUUUCAAACUCUGUUCAAGAUUGUUAGGAAUGUAAUUGAACACCCAGGUGAUAUGAAAUACAGAAAGUUUCGCAAGGCUAAUCCCACUAUCCAGAAGAAUGUUGCCAACUACAAAGCUGCACUGGAGAUCCUCUUCUUGAUAGGUUUCAUUGAAGAUGUACUGCUAAACGAAAUGGGCAACGCCGAAACAUUUCUCGUACUGAAGCGUAACGAUCCUGGCUUAUUGUGGCUUGCCAAAUCCACCCUUGAAACGUGCAAUGCCUUGUAGAUAGAUUGAAGAACGUAGUUAGUAUGUUUAAUAGAACUGUAAAUGAUAGUGUAUGAUGAUACUAUAUACUAGUUCGAUUUAUCGUUUUUCAACACGAAACUCAGGACUGUAGGUCCAUAUCGUAUGUCGGUUUAUUUGUUUAUGCAAAUGUUCAAUUAUAAACUUGGUUCUUAA